AUGCCAAUAACAGUGGGAAUAAAUCCAAUCAGAGAGAAAGAAAAGGAAACAGAUAAUAAGAUCAGAGCAGGAAAACCACUACUAGUCCUCAUCAUGAACAACAAGAAAGUAAAAUUAAUAAGAUUACUAAACUCUAUACUAGAUGCUACUUCAAAUAUGCAUGAAUUCACCACAACAGCCUAGAAUUCUUACUAAACUCCAUAGAUAAUGUAGCAAGUGGAUUAUAACUAAAGUUCUAGCAAAAGCAAAGACUAAAAACUUUAGUUUCAGUUUAGAGCUCCGAAGAAGAACAAGAGAAUCAACAAGGCACAGGAAAAUGACAGAUAUUUUGACACUAACCAAACUAGAGAGGAUAGAUCGAUUGAAUUCUAACCAAGAGAAAGUGUCCUCUAAAUGGAAUUAGAUCUAACCUAGCUCGAGGUACUUAAAAAUGACGAAGAAUCAAAGUCCAAUGAAGCUGAAGAAGAUAGAUACUCUCAUCAAAGAGAUUUUUCGUUUGGAAACACAUUGUUAAACGUGAGUGGAGAUCAGCAAGAACCUGAUUCAAAAGGAAGCCAUUUUUCAUAUGAAUAAUUUCUUAUGGAAGUUGAGGAAAAGGUCAAGAAUUCGUCUAAGAACUACUAUAAUGAUAUUUAGCCUCAGAUUAGCAAGAAUGAUAGAAUGGUAUCAAAUCGGAGCACUCAUCUAUAACAGUAUCCUUAAAUAUAAAAUCAAAAAUAUAAUUCUGAAAUGAUGGAAAAAAGACCAAUUAGGCCAGCAGAUCAGAUAAACCAAUUAAAGUUUGAAUCAAAUAAGAUUGAAGAUUAUUCCCAUUAAAAUUACAGAGUAAAUGACUAGAUGAAGAACAAUAUUCAAUCUAAAGGAAUCUUCUAAUCUAAGAAAAGAAGUUUUCAGGAUUUGAAUACCGUUAAUAGCAAAAGCAAGGCCUAUAAUCAGUAUUCUGAGAUGAAUAAAUCUAUGCACAGUUUGCAAUCCAAGUAAUGUAAUCAAAUCAUGCCAGAUAUGAGGAAUCAUUUUCAAAACGAUUAUGCUAGAAUAUAUUCAAAGAGUCAGCAAGCCAAACCGAGGAUUAGUCAUUCACAAAUGAAUAGAGAAAUAGAUCAUGUAAAUAUGUAGUACCAUCAAUAGUAGCCAAGUACACAUGAAAACAUAUUGGAUUUUAUUCAGAAGCAUCUUGACAAGGCUAGAUAUGAUUUGGGAAGAAAAAAGAAGAAUGAUAAGGACAAGGAAUAAUACUAGCAACUUCUGCAAUAAGACGAGAUAGCCUUUUUAGAGCAACUUAGAAUUAUUUCAAUCACAUAUAACUUUAAUAUCUCUCAUAUCAUUUAUAUCAAGCAAAGAGCCAUCAAUCAAGAUAAGUUCUGUAAUUUCUAUUAAUUUUUAUUCACCUUUUUAGUGAAACAAAAAGCUCAGUUCUGUGAAUCUAUCUUGAAAGGAUAUAAGUUUCAGAAGGACCUUUUAUUUGACACUGAUAAGAUUUAUAGGAACUGA